CAAUUAAGGAAGUUUAAAAAGAAAACUACCUCAAAGUGUGAAUAACGAGCUCUAAAUUCCCCUUAGUAAAUAUUCUUAAGUAAAGCCCUGAGCAAAAUAGAAGGCCAAAAGUUUGGACUCUCUGAAGGAUGCUCCAUUUUUGGUUUAGGGCGGGAACCUGAACAGAAUUAAUCUCUUCUUAUUUCUCUCUCUCUCUUUCUAGGGUUUUAAUGCAACUUCAAAUUUCAAAUCCAAAAAAUCCCCAAAUUUCCACACAAAACACGUGAUAUUUCACCUAUAAUCCAAGAAAAUGACACUACGAAAGGGCUCUAAUGUAUGGGUUGAAGACAGAAAUUCUGCUUGGGUAGCAGCUCAAGUCACUGAUUUUAUUGGUAAACAAGUCCAAGUUGUUACUCAACAUGGCAACAAAGUAUUGGCGUUACCGGAGAAUCUGUAUCCAAGGGAUGAAGAAGCAGACCAUGGAGGAGUUGAUGACAUGACCAAAUUGACUUAUUUGAAUGAGCCUGGUGUUUUAGAUAAUCUUGAAAGAAGAUAUGCUCUUAAUGAAAUUUACACAUACACGGGAAGCAUCUUAAUAGCUGUCAAUCCAUUCACUAAACUUCCACAUCUGUACAAUGUGCACAUGAUGGAGCAAUAUAAAGGAGCUCCGUUCGGUGAGCUUAGCCCUCAUGUGUUUGCUGUGGCUGAUGCAUCGUACAGGGCUAUGAUGUCUGAGAACCGAAGCCAAUCUAUAUUGGUUAGUGGCGAAAGUGGAGCAGGGAAAACAGAGACCACAAAGUUGAUAAUGCAAUACCUUACCUAUGUUGGUGGUCGUGCUGCUGAUGAUGACAGAACAGUUGAACAACAAGUUCUCGAGUCUAACCCGUUGCUGGAGGCCUUUGGCAAUGCACGUACUAUUAGGAAUGACAAUUCAAGUCGUUUUGGCAAGUUUGUGGAGAUCCAAUUUGAUGCUAGUGGUAGAAUAUCUGGUGCCGCAAUUAGGACUUAUCUUCUGGAGAGAUCUCGUGUUGUUCAGAUAACAGAUCCGGAGAGGAAUUAUCACUGCUUUUACCAAUUAUGUGCAUCUGGAAUGGAUACGGAGAAAUACAAGCUGGGGCAUCCUAGUGACUUUCACUACUUGAACCAGAGCAAAACCUAUGAGCUAGAUGGAGUUAGCAAUGCUGAGGAGUAUUCCAAGACAAGGAGGGCUAUGGAUAUCGUUGGAAUUAGUCAGGAGGAACAGGAAGCAAUAUUCCGUACCUUGGCAGCCAUUCUACAUCUAGGAAACAUAGAAUUCUUUCCGGGCAAAGAACACGACUCAUCAGUUAUAAAAGAUGAAAAGUCUAGGUCUCAUCUACAGAUGGCUGCUAAGCUUUUUAAGUGUGACGUACAGUUGUUGGUGACCUCUCUCUGUACAAGAUCAAUUCAAACUCACGAAGGAAUCAUCAUUAAGGCUCUUGAUUGUGGUGCUGCUGUUGCAGGACGUGAUACUUUAGCAAAGACUGUUUAUGCCCAAUUAUUUGAUUGGUUAGUUGAAAAGAUUAAUAGAUCUGUUGGUCAAGAUCUUGAUUCCCAGAUACAAAUUGGAGUUUUAGAUAUAUAUGGAUUUGAAUGCUUUAAGCAGAACAGGUUAGUUACAUGUUAUCUUUUGAAAAAUAAUGUAGUAUAUGGAAAUAACAGAUUGCUACAUUUAUUGAAAGGUAUAAAUAAAGGUAGGUUAUUGGAAGUCCUUCUAGAAUCAGAUUUGUAAAUAUACAUCCAGAAG